GGACGGCGACAGUCUGACUGCAGUUGGUCUUGGCACGCGGACUGGCGCGAGUGGCGGCCGUGGUACAAGUUGAGAGAAGAGGACGAAAGAAAAACCGUACGCAUCAUGUCGAUGUCAGUAGCACAGGUGGAGGCUGCUCUUGCAGAGGUAAUGAAGUAUGCAAAGGAGGGCGUCCACUACAAUGGUGACAGCGAGUUGUGUUUGCUUCAGGACAGGGUGCGGAGGUACUUCAUAGUCGCUGUGGAUAUGAGAUCCACAAUCAUGGCAAACAGUGAGGGCUGUGUCAAAGCACGAACACUCUUGCAACGCUUCAGAGAGUCACCACAUGUACGUGUGGACAUCGAUGUGGAAGACAGUGCAUACAGUGUAAAAGGAGUGGUCCAGUGGAUCUGCAGCAAAGGGAUGUGCAAAGAAGGAGACGUGGACUUGACAAUGCAGCAGACAGGGGGGACAUAUACACCUGCGAACUUGGGCAAGUUGCUGGGCACUGUCGCACGGAAUGGGGGAAUGUUGGUUGAUGGGUCGAAGGACGAGUUGAAGAGUGGUGCUGCAGAAAUAUUGGUGUUGUCCAAAAUGAAGGACAUUACAGAAACACCGCCAGAAGACUUUCAAGAUGUUCAUGUCAUUGUCGCAGAUGGUGUGGAAUAUAUUCUGCUGGAUCAACUUGUGGACUUCAUGAAAAAGAGUGACGACGACAGGAACGUCAUUCAUGAGGCGUUGCACGAAGUGAUAGAGUUUGCACUGCAGGGUCAAGAUCUGAUAGAAUUUGUGUCAGCAAUAACAGAAGACAACAUCAUAUCUGGCAGACUGUUGUGGGGGGAGUUGUUAUCAGCUGCUUUGGAGCGGCUCGGUCUUGCAAGCUGCGAUGUUGAGAGACAAAGAGAAAGAGAAGAAGGGUGGAAGAGGUCGGCUGAGGUGCCGAGUUGCAAUCAUUUUCACGCGGACAUGGAAAACACAUACCACAUUCACAAACGUCGUGGAUGGAUAGUUACGAACUUAGCCAGCCGCAAAACCGUUGUGAUGAAUGUUGUGUCAUAUAUCGUGUACCAUGCCGGCGUCGAGAACCGUCCACCCAAGGCCCCCGAGAAGAGGUUGUGGGAAGACGGAAUGUCAAAGGUGCAUCGCAGGACAAAGAAGAGAAUCACGUACAAAAAGGACAAAAUGGUGGAGAUGAUGAAUCUGAGAGCCUCGGACGAUAUGCACAGCGCGACCCGAGAGGAAGCAGAAGAGGAACACGACCAGUCCAUAUCAGAAAAGUCUGACGGGGAGGAGAACGAGGCAACAAGUGACGAGGGAGGUGACAGUGAAACUUCCGACGAACAUUUUCGCGACACUCACGACGCUGAUGACGAGGACGGCAGGAGCAGCGACGGCACAGCACAGGACGAGGGCGAUGACGGGGCAGGCGAAGACGACAGAAGCGCGGACGAAAGAGGGAGUUCCCCAUCUCCGAGAAGAACGCGACGCACGAGGGAACCCGAAAAUGGCGGCGAGGGAGGCGCAGCCGACGCGCCCUCCAUUGACAGACAACUAGUGAGGCACGACAACGCAGUUAAAAAAGGUAAACAAAAUGUGCUGAAGUUGCUCCUCUUGCACAACGAUUACGUGGUGACGGCGCAAAGUGAUGACAUUUCCUUAAUGCGAUGAUGUCGCUGUGCUGAACUUACAGUUGAAACGGGCUGUUGAAUUUGGCAGAGAUGGUUCUGCAAUAUGAAAUCGAGCAGACAACAAAGACCACCAGAGCAG